AUGGCAAUCACGUCUGUUCAGGAAGAUUUAAUAGCUAAAGAUGUUACCGGCAGCCCGACACAUUUGGGGCUGUUUCUCUCCGUGCCGACUGUAGCCGUGCUGGGGUCAGGUGGGGGUUUCUGGGCUAUGGUGGCCUAUAGCGGUGUCUUCAAAGCUCUGCAAGAAACAGAUGUGCUGGACUGUGUCAUUUACACAUGUGGACUGUCGGGGUCUGCGUGGUUAUUAUCGACAUUGUACUCGCAUCCGAAGUGGCCAAAGUUGUCUCUGAAAGAAUUUCAGGUAGAGCUAAAACAGAACAUUGACGCGAACUUGAUGGGAAUGCAGCAAGUGAGUCGGUACAUCAGCGCCAUGAUGGAAAAAUGGCACAACGGCCAGCCAAUCAGCUUCACGGAUUUCUUUGGAAACACUAAUUAAAAAGAUAGAAAAGAUUGUACACUGACAGAUCAACAGAUAAAAAUUGUGGACGGUAACAUCCCAAUGCCUCUGUAUACGUGUGUACACGUGAAGAAGAAUGUUUCUGCCAGAGCUUUUCAAGAAUGGAUUGAGUUCAGUCCUUUUGAGAUAGGAAUGGCGAAGUUGAAGAGCGAGUAUUUCUGUAGUAAGUUCUUCAUGGGCAAGUUGGCGAAGAAGUACGACGAACCCCCACUUCACUUUUUACAAGGUAUUUGGGGCAGUGCUUUCUGCAUCAUGUUUAAUCGACUAUUUGAUGACAAUCGAAACAUGGACCCCGUGAAGAUGGUCAGACGGGAAAUGAAAUCCGUGCUGAGUGACGGAAGCGAAGAUGAAGACGAUGAUGACGACGAUGAUUUUGAUAAUCACGAUAACUCUCAUCAUGAGCAUUGUGAAGAACAAGGAGCGGAAAAAACGGUUGCGGACAAAGGAUUCUGGAUGAACUGGUUUAAGAGCCUAGUAGAUAGCAAGAGAUUUCAGCUUCUGAGCAUGCGUACUGGCCGCGUGAUACACAACUUCCUUAGAGGGAUCGCCUUACUACCUAAAGGAGAAGAACAUAAGACCCCCAAAAGAAAAAUUUUUCCAAAAAAUUUAAUAAUUUUUACAGACGAUUCAGACGAAGGAAUCGGAGUGUAUUCCACCCACGUGAAGAAACAAUUCGUCGUGGACGCAAGGUUGACUUUCAACUCCCCGUACCCUUUCGUGCUGAGGCAAGCCCGAGGGAUAGAUCUCAUCCUGUCGUUUGACUUCAGUGGUAAACUUGGUGAUGACAGCGAGCCGUUCAAGGAAAUAAAACUGGCUGAAAAGUGGGCUGAACAACACGGCCUUCGUUUCCAACCCAUCGACGCGAGUGUAUUUGAGAAAGAAGGGAUGAAUGAGUUGUACAUCUUCCGUGAUCCCAACGACCCUAAAUGUCCCAUAAUCUUUCAUUUUUUCCUGUGUUCUCUAUUUCGGAAGUAUAAGAAGCCAGGUGAGUUGCAAGGAGAAUACUUACGAUAAGAAUUCGCGGUGUUCGCCAUCUUUGACGAUCCUGAGGCUCCUUAUUCCACGUUUAACUUCACCUACAUCCACACGGCGUUUGAUCGGUCAUCUCAGCUGAUGGAAUUCAAUACACUCAACCGCCUGAAGGAGAUCAAAGAGGCGGUCCAGAGGAAAAGAAAAUAAUUCAUUUUAAUGAGAUUAGAAACCAAUGUAAAUUGUGUACGUAGAACAUUAAAGGAUAGGAUAUAUGCCUUUUUAGACGUUGCCAGCAUAGUUUUACUGUUUGUUGAGAGCGGACAACACCGGAAUCUCCUCUGAUCUCGCGGGUUUGAUGGUAAUAAGCGGUCGAAAGCGGAACAUAGGGAGGGCCAUUACAAUGUAGUCUUCCAUGAAGUUUAUUGAAGGUCUCUUGACUUCCAUCAGUAUGACAUACUCGUGUCCAAGAACCUGCUGUGUGUGAGAAAAUAUUAUAUAUAUUUACGUAUAUAUGUUUAUUUUGAAUUGCCUCAUUACAAUGGUCAUCAAAGUUAAAUAUGUUUGAACACAGCGUGAACACCUAUUGUACAAUCAUAUCAUUACAUAACAGAAAUCACAAGUAAUGCAUAAUUUUAACAUUCCGUGAGUAUUCCCCCAUAAUGUUUUUUUUAAUAAAUAUUAUAACGCGAGGCAAUAUUUUUGUCGUGUUUAAAUGUUUCAGUAGAAUUAGAUGACAUUAUUAGUGCUAUUUUAGAGUUAGAGCCUCAAUAAUUUUUUUACAUACCUGUACUUUUUUGGUUUGUACUGUCAUAAACUGAUCAAGAUUUACAGUUCGUUUGACUUCGCUUUCGUCUUCAAUGUUUUCAAGACAAUUCGUUAUUCGUUUCAGAAAACGACAAUCUCUCUCACCAAUACUGUAUGCUAAUUAACAGCAAGGCUGGUGAACUGGAGAAUUUGCCAUCCGGAAGUUAAUCCUAAAGUGAAAAUUGUCUCUUUACAGAUGAUAUGGCCAUUUGGUAGUGUAUAGCCGCAAUUUUAAAAUAGACGAAGGGUGCAUUAAGCAGGAACUGCAAGAUAACAAACAAGACAAGCCCUGGUAUUUUCAAUUUCACUUACAAAAUCAGAAGUCAUGAUUUUUACAUGAAAACGGGUUGCACCGGAAUUAAACUUGAAUGACAUUCUGUUAAAGUUUUUG